AUGCCUAUGGAACAACUGUUAGUUCAGUCUUUGGAUGAGCUUACCACUCAAAUUGACAAUGCUUGUCAAAAAGGACGUCGAGUAUACCUUUACUUUUCUGGAUCAACAGAUUUAACUACUGGGGAUAGUUGGUCACCAGAAUGUCGUCAGUGUGAAGGUGUUCUUGAACAAGCUAUGAAAGACACUAAAGAAGAAGAUUUAUUCUUAAUGGUUGAAGUUGGUGAUCAGAAUGAAUGGAAUGAUGCCAAUAACAAAUAUCGUACACAUCCACUAUAUCAAGUGAAACAAUUACCCACUUUACUAUCGUUAUCAUUCUUACAAGGUCAAACACAAGUGGCUAGUCGCCUUGAAGGUGAACCGUGUUUAAAUUUAGAAAAUGUUCAAAAGCUAUUUAAAGGCAAUUAA